AUGGCCGCCGCCGCCGCCGCCGCCGCCGCGGUAACUCCUCACCUCGCCGCGGUCGGGACUGGGUCCCACCAUCACCACCAGCCGCCGCAUCGUCCGCCCGUGUCCAUCUCGGCCAGACCGAGGGCGCGCCUCGUGCCCGUCGCCGCGGCGGCCGCUACUCCGGCCACCGAUGGCGUCGCGCCGGUGCCACCCCACCCCAGGCGCUCGUUUGUAAAGCGCCACACGAUAUCAGUUUUUGUUGGGGAUGAGAGUGGGAUGAUCAAUCGGAUUGCCGGGGUCUUCGCGAGAAGAGGGUACAACAUCGAGUCAUUGGCGGUUGGGCUGAACAAGGACAAGGCGCUGUUCACCAUUGUAGUGUCAGGAACAGAGAAAAUAGUUACACAGGUCGUCGAGCAGCUCUACAAACUUGUCAAUGUUAUACAGGUUGAUGAUUUGUCAAAGGAACCGCAAGUUGAAAGAGAGCUCAUGCUUAUAAAACUAAACGUAGAGCCAGAACAGCGGCUCGAGGUGAUGGGUUUGGUUGACAUUUUCAGAGCCAAAGUGGUUGAUCUUUCAGACCAUACACUAACUGUUGAGGUAACUGGCGAUCCUGGAAAAAUUGCUGCUGUACAGAGGAACCUGAGCAAAUUCGGGAUCAAAGAAGUUGCCAGAACUGGCAAGAUAGCUUUGCGGCGUGAGAAAAUGGGACAGACAGCUCCCUUUUGGAGAUUCUCCGUAGCUUCCUAUCCUGAUCUUGAAGUAAAAAUGCCUUCAAAAUCUACACUAAGCACUGCAAAGACAACCAGUGGGGAUUCUGAGGAAUCAUCCCAGGGCGAUGUUUAUCCAGUGGAAUCUUACGAAAGCUUCUCGAUGAAUCAAAUUCUUGAUGCUCAUUGGGGUGCCAUGACUGACAGUGAUCCUACAGGGUUUUGUUCACAUACUUUGUCAAUCCUUGUGAAUGAUUCCCCUGGAGUUCUUAAUGUUGUAACGGGUGUCUUUGCCCGGAGGGGCUAUAAUAUUCAGAGUCUUGCUGUUGGCCCAGCUGAAAAAACGGGCACUUCUCGCAUCACCACUGUCGUUCCUGGAAAUGAUGAAUCUAUCGCCAAGCUAGUACAACAACUUUACAAGCUCAUCGAUGUUUAUGAGGUUCAAGAUCUUACACAUUUACCAUUUGCGGCUAGAGAGUUAAUGAUCAUAAAGGUCGCUGGGAACACCUCAGCUCGCAGGGAAAUCCUGGAUAUUGCUGAGGAUGUUUUCAGGGCCAAAACGGUUGAUGUAUCAGGCCACACAAUAACUCUUCAGCUUACUGGAGACCUUGAUAAAAUGGUUGCACUACAAAGGUUGCUUGAGCCCUACGGCAUCUGUGAGAUUGCACGAACUGGCAGGGUUGCGCUGUGCCGUGAGUCAGGAGUCGAUUCCAAGUACCUCCGUGGCUAUUCCCUUCCUGGAUAG